AUGCCUCGGAACUCCUCAACAAAGCCUCUUCCUUCCACACCAGAUCCAAAUCCAAGUGCCAUCAAACUAGCAAACCUUGAACUAGAAAUAACGACAACCUUCUCAGACCAAACAACAACAGGCUCUCCAAUUGACGGCGGUCACAAAGCAUGGCGCCUUCUCCUCUCAGCCUUCGUGUUCGAAUCCCUUCUCUGGGGUUUCCCAUUAUCCUUCGGUGUCUUCCAGGAACAUUACACGCGAAUUCAAGAAUUCCGCAACAGUCCCUACAUCUCCAUCGUCGGCACCACCGCGUCCGGGAUCUCGUACCUCGGCGCCCCGUUUGUGGUCCCGUUUAUUCGCCGGUGGUCCAAGUACAGGACGCAUAUGAUUCUUGUCGGCUGGCCGUUAUUCAUCAUUGGCCUUGGAGUGCUAUAUGGAAUUGGGUUUAUUAUCUUCUACUACCCUAUUCUGUCGAUGGUGGACGAGUACUGGAUUCGCCGGAGGGGCAUGGCGUACGGGCUUCUUUGCAGUGCAUCUGGUGUUAGUGGCGCGGUGACGCCGUUGAGUCUUCAAGCUCUCCUGAAGCAAUACGGACAUAGGACGACGCUGAGGGGCGUAGCGGUGUUUCUGUUUGUUGUGACGGGGCCGCUUAUACCGUUGCUGAAGGGGAGGCCUGGGCAGAAGCAGAAUCGUCAGCAACCUACUCAUGGGACUGGGCGCUUCUUCCCCGCGCUAUUCCUCCCCUCAUACGCAAGCUCGAUUGGCCUCAGCACGUCAAAGGGCGCGCUACUACUUGCGCUCAUGAGCGUUUCCCAAAUCGCAGGCCAGUUCACAUUCGGCUAUCUCUCGGACAAGCGGACGUCAGUCAACGCACUCAUCACUGUAUCAGUAUCCAUCGCAGCGAUUGCAACACUCAGUGCAUGGGGUCUCGCACGCUCAAUAGCACCCCUAAUCCUCUUCGCACUCUUGUACGGCUUUUUCGGCGCUGGAUACACCGCGAUGUGGGCGAGGAUGGCCACUGCUGUCAGUGAAGAACCUUCUGCUGCACAAGCCAUCUUUGGGAUGUUCAACUUUGGCAAGGGUGUUGGGAAUAUUGCUGCGGGCCCAAUCAGCGCGGGGUUGUUGAGGUAG